UGCUGAAUAUUCAUGGUCAUUUUGACAACCUUUUCUUAAAAGGUGACGAAAAAAUCUGUGCAAAUAACAAGGGCAGUGGGCAGCGCAAGUAUUUAUUUUAUUUCAUGGAGUGAUCAUUAAAAGUUAUAUACAAUCCAUUAUUGAAUAAUUCUGCCUUGGGCCAACUUAUUGUGAUAACUUAUUGUGUAAAUUGAAAAUGUCAACUCCUGCCAGACGACGGCUAAUGAGAGAUUUUAAACGCCUUCAGGAAGAUCCACCAACAGGAGUGUCAGGUGCACCCACAGACAAUAAUAUAAUGAUCUGGAAUGCUGUGAUCUUUGGGCCUCAUGACACUCCAUUUGAAGAUGGAACAUUUAAGCUCACUAUUGAAUUUACUGAAGAAUACCCAAACAAGCCCCCAACUGUUCGUUUUGUAUCUAAGAUGUUUCACCCUAAUGUCUAUGCAGAUGGUGGUAUAUGUUUAGACAUAUUGCAGAACAGAUGGAGUCCUACUUAUGAUGUAUCUGCAAUUUUAACUUCUAUUCAGUCAUUACUAAGUGACCCAAACCCUAACUCUCCAGCAAAUUCAAUGGCUGCUCAGCUUUAUAAAGAGAACCGUCGAGAGUAUGAAAAGCGGGUGAAAGCAUGUGUAGAACAGUCUUUUAUUGAUUAACCAGGCCUAAAUGGGAGCUUGGCCACCCAUUAUAAAUAAUAAAUUGCUCUACAAAAUAUGGGCUGACACUGUUAUACAUGGAACAAGUGUGAAAAAUAAUAAUUACCAUUACUAAAUGUACUAUUGCUGCCAUCUAAGCCUUGGUGGGUAAAUUAUUAUGAAUUUUCAAUAAAAAACUACCUACCCGUUAAAUUUUUAAUGUAGUAGUGAUGAAAUAUUAGCACCAUAUUUUGCUCUUAAAUUUAUUCUUAUGGUAGUAUCAUAGAAAUUAACACUUAUAAAAAUAUGUAACCACAAUAGUAUAGCAAAAACUACAUCUACAAAGUGAGUGAUAGAGAAACAUUAAUUUUUUAAAUUGUGAUUGCAGUAAGUUUAUAAUUUUUCAAUGUAUCUGUUGUGCUAGAUUAAUUGUAAUCACCUAUAACAUUCAAAUUAUAAUAGAAUAAGUUAAUAUUUCAUACUAAUUAACAUUAAAAAUAAUAUUAUUUGAUCACUUCUGUUAAUUAUAAAAAAUUGUUGUUGGAUCGCAAUAAAUGUAAUUA